GGAAGUAGUGGCAAAGUGACAUCUCUGUGCUAAUAUACAAUCUAUGCUUCCACUUUACAUUCGGUUGGGAUUUCACUUGUCCACAUUUUAAACAUGAGUAACCCAGAGGAGCCCAAAGUCACUGCUGCUCCACACAUAGUGAAAGAGGAGCUCAUCGCAGCAGGAAAAUGGUUGCAGCUGGAGAAGACCACAUACAUGGACCCUUCCGGAAACGUCAGGACGUGGGAGACGGUGAAGAGGACAACGAGACGAGCCAACACAGAAGCAGACGGUGUUGGAAUUAUCGCCCUGCUGAAGCGGACCCUCCACAAAGACUGCGUGGUGAUGGUGAAGCAGUUUCGUCCUCCGAUGGGAUGCUACACUCUGGAGUUUCCUGCAGGGUUGAUCGAUGAGGGGGAGAGUGCCGAGGUUGCUGCACUGAGGGAGCUAAAAGAAGAAACUGGCUACAAAGGAGAAGUUGUGGGAGUCACUCCAGUGACCUGUCUUGACCCCGGUCUGUCUAACUGCACCACCCAGAUGGUCAUGGUGAACAUCAACGGAGAUGAAGGGGAGAAUAUCAACCCGACACAGCAGCUCGGUGAUGGAGGUGAGUUUCACGUCUUAUUAAAUCAGAAAUAAUCUCUUUUUUUUUUUUCUCACAAUGCAAGUCUUCAAACACGCCUUUAUCCUCUCACUCCAGAGUUCGUCGAAGUCGUUCUUUUAGCUCUCGAUGAGUUCCAGCAGAAAAUCGACCACCUCCUCAAGAAAGAGAAGAUCGUGGUGGAUGCCAAAGUAUACAUCUUUGCCAUGGGGAUGGUUCAGGCCUUCUUUAAGCCGAGGGAGCUCCCGGUCCUGAAGCAGUGAUGCACAACAUUCAGGAUGUGACUGUCACAG